CGAGCGGCCUGUUGACAAGCCUGUCCCAUCAUAUGUGGGCCGUCCAGGGACGACGGUUCGGUGACUCUGCGCGGCCACACUGGUUGAUGUUCCGGUUAGACUGAAUAUCUGAGCCGAUGUUCGGACACCGGACAGGCUCGACCCGCCGAGCUUCUGCUGCGGCUCCGAAUCCUCGAGAGCUAUAGCUAGCUAGUGGUGAAGCUUCGCAGCUGUGAGCAGACGGCCACGAUGAAUCCUGUAUACAGCCCUGCACCAACAGGGGUCCCCUUUACCAACACGAAGGGUUUAGGCUAUCCAGCUGGAUUCCCUGUUGGCUAUGCAGCUGCUGCCCCAUCAUACAGUCCAGGUGUCUAUGCAGGAGCUAACCCUGCCUUUCCCAGCGGCUACGCUCCUGGAACUCCUUUUAAAAUGUCCUGCUCUCCCAACACUGGGACUGUGCCACCAUACUCUUCCUCACCAAGCCCCUAUCCUGCUGCUGUCUACCCUGUCAGGAGCACCUACCCCCAACAGAGCCCUUAUGCACAGGCGUUAAUACCUUCCCAACAACAAGGCACCUAUUACACGCAGCCGCUGUACGCUGCACCACCUCAUGUCAUCCACCACACGACGGUGGUCCAGCCCAAUGGAAUGCCUGCAGCCAUGUACGCCCCGUCCAUCGCUCCUGGCCGCGCCAACGGCGUCGCCAUGGGGAUGGUCGCCGGCACAACCAUGGCUAUGUCCGCUGGAACUUUGUUGACAAGUCCCUCACCGGCACCUGUGGCCCCGCAUCAAGUCACGAUGCCCACAUAUCGGGCCCCCGGCACCCCCAGCUACAGCUACGUGCCCCCACAGUGGUGAAGACACUAAGUGUCUGAAGGUAGAUAUGCAUUUACACUCUGCUCCAGUGUUCUUGGUGACGACCUGCCCAGGCAGCGUAUGCUACCAGUUUAGUCUUCUUCCAGCAUAAUGUGAAUCUAAAACUCAACUACAUAGAAUGUGGCCCAUUUGGACAGGGAGAGGGUGAAGAAUCAGCCCAUCCCCAUAACCUCCUUUAACGACGUACGGCUGCAUUCGGCGCCAUCUUCACCCCUCCUCUUCCUCCUCCUCCUCCCUGCCAGCAUCAGCACCUCUACAGCCUGCUGCGUAUCUCACAUCCCAGCUGCAAAGCCUCCAGGCACACCUUCUGUGGACUGUCAUGCAGGUUUUAUAGCUUAAACUCUGAAAUGUAAAGGGAGUUUUGUUUUAGUUUUAUAGUUUUGAAAUGUCAUUUGUUAUGUUAUUCUGGGGAAAUAUGUAAAUGAUGAUGACUGCAUGUGUGUUUAUGUAAACACACACACUCGCACUAACGCUAGCUUGAUCUACCUGCUGUGACAGAUGCAAAGUCAACAAAAGGCGCACGUCCAAAGGAACAAAAGAGUAAUAAUCUAUAAUGCUGAAUCAUCAGUGACCAUGACAUCAAUGUGAAAGAAGAAAAGUUUGUUCAUGCAAAAAUAAACCUGCAUG